CGACGUAUAUUCUAAGUGCUCUUCUCUCUAUGAGGUCACUGCAUUUCUCCAUGGAUAUAAUGGAGUAACCCGGCUUCCAGACGUGCUUAGAAGCAGUAAGUUAAUAAAGCCAAUGGACUUCGGCGGACUGGACUGCCAAGCAGUAUUUGAAGGCACUAGCUUAUUAGCUGCUCCUAAAGAUGUCGGAACUCGUAAUGAAAAGCUGCCCAGGAAUCUCUGCUUAUCGCAAUAUUAUGCUACUAGUCGGAAGAAUCGUCCUGCUAAGGUAUCAUUUAAUAUCAAUAGUACGUGCUGCUUUUCUACUAGUUUAGCGAUUGCAUAUCAAGGCAUUAAUUGGUUUCCUAAAAUAUAUCCUUUCUUAAUCUCAAUACAGAUAUUUACUUUGGCCUCAAAGUUCCUUUAUAUAAUAAACGCGGAGUAUUAACUCAAAAAUAAGCUCCUCUUUACAAGAUACCCCAUUACUACUUUGGCUCUAUAAUUGGUAUGGAGGGGCUGCUCAUGUUCGUCUUCUUUCCUGCGCUUCAUGCCGAGAGUAACUAUGAGUAUUCCACGUACCUUAGUAAGCAGGACUAAGAGCUGUAGUAUAAUGCGAUUCUGGCUCCUGCCAUCCACAAAACUAUCCGAUCCUCUAAUAUUCUGCAAUAUUACCCUGCUACCACUCGCAUCACUAACGCAGAUUCGAUUGCAUUGUUUAUAGAGAGCCUUGCUCGGAAGGAUUCUUUAAGAGAACAGCUUCUAAGC